AUGGAAGCUUUAGUAUGCAAAGUGGGUGCAGAAUUCCUCGACAACUACGACGCAACCACAGACCGGUGCUGGAUCGCCGAGCGCAACGACGAGUUCCUGGGCUGCAUAGUCCUUGUUCGAGCCAGAGAUGCAUCUAACACGGCCAAGCUACGUCUCCUUCUUGUUGAGCCUAGCGCGCGGGGCCUUGGGCUUGGCCGUGCUCUGAUUGGGCAGUGCACGCGGUUUGCGCGUGAGGCGGGGUAUGCGCGGAUUCGGCUUUGGACGCAGAAUGUCCUUGUUUCAGCUAGGAGGCUGUAUGUGAAGCAGGGGUAUAAGCUUGUUAAUUCUGAGGACCAUGGGUCUUUGGGGAGGGUCAUUAUGGGGAGUGUUGGGAAUUGGUUUUGUGAGGGAGUGGUGGUUGUACAUAAUCCCAUUGUUUCUACAAUGUAG